AUGGUUUUCGAACAUAUGUGUAAUUAUAUAGUCAAGCCUAAUGUAAUUGAAAUUCUAAAGUCCAAAAAAUUUGUGAUGACAACAAAAAAGGAAAAAAUCAAAAUUGGUUAUUUCUUUGCCAAAAACAAACAUCUUUUAGUUGAAAAUUUGGCUGCUGUAGAUGUUGAACUAUUUUCAAUGGUUAAUAAUAAAAUCGUGUAUAAUAGCCAAGCAACAAACCAAAUCAACGAUAUUCACAAUAAUGAAGUCAAUAAUAUUGAAAAUGCGGUAGGUACCACAGAUUUGUCGGUUUUAAAAGAAGAACUCCCUAAAGUCGAAAUGAUCAAGAAUAAUUUUAAACCAUUUUUGAGUUCAGAUCACCAGUCAAAUUUUUUAGGUUAUGUCGAAAUAUUUUAUUCCUCUCAAAGUUUACAAAAUCUUAUCAUAGAUUUUCAUAAAGAAAACCCAAUUUUUCAAUUGCAAAAUAUUUUGGAAGAAUAUUUUGACAUCUAUGAAAACAUCACUGAAAACUAUUUCCGAUUUUCUCCGGAAGAACGGUAUCUUGUAUAUAAGAUAUUAGGAGGAUUCGGAUGGAUCGAAUUUUUUUAUCUAUAUUUGCCUAUUGAAAAAUUAUUAGAAAUAAACUCUGUGAUGACUUUAGCCGAAUUCAAAAAAGCCAUAAACCAGUUGUUCAAGCAUAUUUCAGAAUAUGAAAUUCAGAAAAUAAUGAAAAUGAACAAAAAAGUUAAAUUUUUUUAUGAAAAGUCGCUAAUGGUAAGUUCCCAUAAAAAUGCUCUUGCCUUUUUGAAAUAUAUAGCUUUGAUACCAACUAAUUUUUAA